AUGACGUCGUCUGAAUGGGACUGGUUUUGUGGUGUAAACUACACACUCGACUCUGGCACCGGUUUGAACAACUCGUGUUUAAUCAACGGUAUCAUCGUUGUACCCCAGCUAGGCUUCAUCUUUUUUUCCUCAGUGUUCCUCGUCCUCCUCGCCUCCUGCUCCUCCCGCCAGAGUCUCAAGGACUCCAAGUAUCUCCUGCGUCUCCCGGGUCACACUCCAAGAUGGCUCCUGACUUACGUCCUUCUUAUCCUCACACUCUCCUUCAUAGCAGAAGGUAUUCUGACCAACGACACCUUCCUCGCCAACUCCUUACCACAACAGCCACAUCUCUACGUUGCAGGAGUGAUGUGUGGGGCAUGCGGGGUUCUUCAGAACUCCGACCAACCUGAUGACACCAAGAAAGAGAACAUGAACUUCUUCCACGACUAUGAACCUCUGCCAUCGUCCUUGACGUACUGGUGGAUGGACUGGCUCUUUACCCUGGGAUACAGGAAACCAAUUGAACCGAGUGAUCUGGGCAGUAUACCUGACAAACACACAGCAGAUGCCAUCCAUGCGAUAUUCAAAAAGAACUACCUCAACGAGAAGAAGAGAGCACAGGUCAAAGGGCAGAACAUGAACUUCUGGCGCGUUUACAUUCGCACAUACGGAGUACGAAUGAUGACAGCAGGCAUGUUCAAACUCACCGCUGACAUGCUGCAAUUUGUUGGACCACUCUGUAUCAGUGGAAUUGUCAACUUUGUCACAGCCGGUGAAAAGAAGAUCCCAAGUCCUCAUCACGUGACGGUGACAGAGUUCCUGGCCAAUGGCUAUGUCCUGGUAGGUUGCAUCACAGUAUCAGCCUUCACACGCCACACCUUCGAUCAAACCUACUACUACUGGACAGCAGUAGAAGGUGUCCAUAUCAAAUCAGCUAUCCAGGUUCGUGGUUACAAUAAGAGUUGA